GGGACGAUGCGCGAGUACAAAGUGGUGGUGCUGGGCUCGGGUGGGGUGGGCAAAUCCGCCCUGACCGCGCAGUUCGUGACCGGCACCUUCAUCGAGAAAUACGACCCCACCAUCGAAGACUUCUACCGCAAGGAGAUCGAGGUGGACUCGUCGCCAUCUGUGCUGGAGAUCCUGGACACGGCGGGCACCAAGCAGUUCGCGUCCAUGCGGGACCUGUACAUCAAGAACGUCCAGGGCUUCAUCCUUGUCUACAGCCUGGUCAACCAGCAGAGCUUCCAGGACAUCAAGCCGAUGCGGGAUCAGAUCAUCCGCGGAAAGCAGUAUGAGAAAGUGCCAGUCAUCUUGGUUGGGAGCAAAGUGGACCUGGAGAGUGAGAGAGAAGUAUCCUCCAAUGAAGGCCGAGCCCUUGCCGAAGAGUGGGGCCGUCCCUUUAUGGAGACUUCUGCUAAGAGUAAAACAAUGGUGGACGAACUCUUUGCAGAAAUUGUGAGGCAGAUGAACUAUGCUGCUCAGCCUGACAAAGAUGAUCCGUGCUGUUCUGCCUGUAACAUACAAUAGCAUCCAAAUCUGGCCGUCCUGUGCAGGACUUGCCCGGUAUCACAGGCGAUAGGCCUCGCCUACCACAUUGCAGAGUUGGCAGGCUGUGUAUUGUGCAACUACAGUGCGCUGCAGCCCUUAUUCAGAAAUGAGCAGUGAUUGUCAGUUGAUGUCUUUGAGUACAUGUGGGUUCAGUAACUACAGUUUUCACCAUUGUCCUCAGCCUCCUUUAUGCAUCUGCAACUUGAAGGCAUAGCCCAUCGAUCUACAGGGUGAUCUCAUUUGAAAGCGAUGAUGGCAUUGUCGCUGAGUUGACAGGAGCAACUAUUGUAUAAAUUCAACUGAAUCAGGAGGGAGAAACCAGAAUUCCUCUGACCACUCACAGUUAAAUAUUUUGUCUUCUUUACAA